CUAAGGUGCAGACUUCUGAUGUUCUGAAAUCACCAAGGACCAGGUUCCUUUGGUAAAGUAGUGUGAUCACGAAGUCUGAUAGUUACCUUAAACGUCACUGUUCUCAUUAUCUAAAUUAUACUAUUCCACUUUUGGUAGGGAUAUUUUUUAUCAUUCAAAGAAAAAUCCUUCUCAUAAUAGGAAAAAAAAGGAAAGAGAAGGUGUAAUGAAGAUAAAUGUCGGUAAAUGAUCCUCGGGCGUGUAGAUCAUUAUCUGAUGUGUUCACUAUGGUGGGUGAUAUAUAAACGACUCCUUGCUGGUAUACAGUUGAUUAACUUGAAUAUGGUUGCCCUUGGUACUGCCCGCCAUUCCACUUGAGAAGCUUCCUCAGGCGGGGCCACGGUGUCAGGUGCUGGGUCUCUGGCGAACACUCUCCGCCCAAGAACAACUCAUAGAUGGUCUAUUGGGGGACAUGUCAAGGGCCUAUCCGGCCAGUCCCAUGUCCGUAGCUUUCUCGUAGGAGAUAGUAGGUGACGGCCUGGGCACGACACAACUAACGUCGGGGGAGGCUACCUCAACGGUACAGCGGAAGCCAUGGCAUACAGCGGCCUCAUCUGGACUAAUGUGCCCAUUCUUUAUUGCAUUUCCAUCAUCAUUGCUGGAGUGUUUUACGCGCCUAAGAUGAGGAGAGGAGGAUAUAUCACCAUGUUCGACCCCAUCCAGGCAAAGGUGGGGGGUCGUGCCGGAAGUCUGCUCUUCUUCCCCCAGCUGAUGGGAGAUGUCUUCUGGACAGCCGCCAUCUUGUCAGCUCUGGGGUCCACCAUGUCCCUUAUCCUGGAUCUGGACCCCGUCUUGUCCAUCAUCGUGUCUAGCUGCGUGGCCGUGUUCUACACCUUCAUAGGAGGACUGUACUCUGUGGCCUACACUGAUGUCGUCCAGCUCAUUUGUCUUUGCGUGGGACUGAUCGUGGCAUGUCCCUUUUCUUUCUUCCACCCAUCUGUCGACCUCUCACGGGUCCAGGACACGUGGCUGGGAGAGCUGCCCACAAACAUGAUUGGUUUAUAUGCAGACCUCUGUUGCCAAAUCAUAUUUGGAGGCCUACCAUGGCAGGUGUUCUACCAGAGAGUGUUGGCUUGCAAGACACCAAGCAUUGCCCGCACAAGUUCGAUUCUAGCAGCAUUUUGUAGCUUGCUUCUUGCCAUACCCCCAGCAGCCAUUGGAAUAGUUGGAGCCGCAGCAGACUGGAAUGCCACAUCCUACACAGGCGAUAUACCAAUACCUACUGAAUACCACAGUUUUAUCCUUCCCAUGGUGCUCAACUACCUGUGUCCACUUCCGGUGGCAGUGUUGGGACUUGGCGUGGUGGCUGCUGCUGUUAUGUCAUCUGCCGACUCCUCUGUCCUCUCAAGUGGAACCAUCUUUGCAAAGAAUAUCUACAAAGAUGUUAUCCGUCCACAGGCCAGCGAUCGGGAAUUGAUGUGGGUGUUGAGAGGUGGAAUACUGGUGACCGGUACAUUGUCGUGCAUCAUUGCCAUCCUGGUGAAGUCAGUUUAUGGUCUGUACUACAUGUGUUCCGACCUCAUGUACGUCAUCCUCUUCCCCCAACUCACCUGUGUUCUCUGGAUCGGGUUCACCAACACCUACGGCGCCAUCACGGGAUACAUCCUCAGUCUCUUUCUGAGAGUCGCUUCUGGGGACACCCUGCUAGGAAUCCCAGCUCUUAUUCAUUUCCCCUUUUACACAGAAGCCGAUGGCCAACUGUUCCCAGUCAAGACCCUGGCGAUGAUAGUCAACUUUGUGGCCAUCAUAUCUGUGUCAGCGUUCACAAGGCUUGUCUUCCGGCGAGGGUGGCUGUCAACCAGAUGGGAUGUGCUUAAUGUGAUGAAGAGAGAAGAGGACGCCAAAAGGGCCGAAGAGCGAGGAGAAAGUCUGAUGAUGAAGGAACGACAUGAUGGAAACAGAGACCUGGAUUACGCACAGAAUGAAAAGAUGAAACUUCAGGAUAACUACUAGUUUAUACAAUAAUCCUCCAUUUAUUCAUGACACAUGUCCUAUCUGAUCCACUAUCGCUGUUGUAUCUGUUUUCAGUUCUAUGUGGAUUAUAUUGACAUGUGACAAAUAGGAAUAGUUAUUAGUAGUUCCACAUGCUAAACACCACACCAUGAAGAAGUACGGCAUAUACCGGCUGUCCAAUGGCGACUAAAAGAGAAAUUAUACCACGCACUUUCAGUGGACAAUUUCUCAUAAUGAACUAAACGGGAUAUUCGAGAAAUGAGGAUGCUACAAGGAGAUUAGCAUCACCGUGCCAUUGAGUCUCACCAAGGAACCACGACGAUCAAAAUAGAGAAUGAGAGAGAAAAAGUACUUGUUCGACAUGCGAGCCUGACCACCCGAUCCCGUCAGUCGCCUUUUACGACAAGCACAGUCGCCUUUUACGGCAAGCAUGGGUUCUGAAGACCUAUUCUACCACGGAUCUUCACGGAUCUCAAGGGGUUUUGAAAAGAUAAAUCAAUAUUACUGUAAUAAGGAAACGAUCGGUAACUUUAAGUAAAAAAAUAAAAAAAACCAUACAAAUACUCUACAGCCGAAGAACAUUUUUUAAUGGAAAACGAAGGCUGAUUAUUAAUCAUACCAUACAAGACAUGAAUAUAUGUUUAGGAUACUUACGAAGCAAACACAGCGAGAGCUGUUGUCAUUAUUUUCUUGCAUGUGUUCUGCUUCAUGUACAGAGGCAGGUUAACGUUAUCCCCAUUUUACUUUCUGUCCAUAAAGUCAUAGAUAAGCGUGAA